ACAGUCUCGUCUGAUUCUGGUUUUCGUUUUGCACUUCGCAGACGAUUUUCAUUCCCUCAUACUCGGGUGUAAAAAGAUGUGGUGAAUGUUUGCUUUUCAUUUAAUUAAUUUACCACCUCGUAACGGCAACGUAUAAUUGCACUGCGGCACUAGCUGCGUGAUCUCUCGCAUCCGAACGAUAAUAGUGGGCUCAGUUAUAAUCCAGUAACGAUGUCCGAAGGUAACAGUUCCGAUGAAGAUUUCCCCGAAGAGUGGAUUCUUUACGCAGACCGUGAGGAAUGGAAGGACAUCCAACCGCUCAAGCAGGAUGAUGGUGAAAACCCGGUCGUUAUGAUUCAGUACAGCGAGAAAUUCAAUGAUGUGUACAGCUAUUUGCGGGCCGUUAUCUCCAAACAGGAAAUAUCUCACCGAGCGUUAAAAUUGACGCAUGAUGCUGCAACGCUGAAUGCCGCUAACUACACCGUUUGGCAGUACCGCCGGGUGCUGCUGAAAGCUCUGAAGUGUGAUCUAUGGGAUGAAUUGGAGUACAUCGAUGCGAAGAUUCAGGACAAUCCGAAAAACUACCAAGUGUGGCAUCAUCGGCGGGUCAUUGUGGAGUGGCUAAACGAUGCCAGUGGAGAGUUGAAGAUGACCGAGGAUAUACUUACCCUCGAUCCAAAAAACUAUCACGCCUGGCAGCACCGUCAGUGGGCAAUUAAAACUUUUGAUUUGUUUGACGAUGAGCUCAGUUAUGUUGACCGUCUCAUUUCGGAGGAUUUGCGCAAUAAUUCCGCCUGGAACGAGCGAUUCUUCGUGCUUAAACAUACCGGAUUCAACGCGGAGGUACUUGAACGGGAAAUACAAUACGUAAUAACCCGCAUUCGGUUGGUGAAGAAUAACGAAAGCCCGUGGAACUUCCUGAGAGGGCUUCUUCAGCAAGGCGAGGGCAAGUUGGGACAGUUUCCGGAAGUCGUCGAGUUUUGCGAGGAACUUUACGAUUCCGGUAUUCGCUCGCCCUAUCUGCUUGCAUUUCUUGUUGAUCUCUAUGAGGAGCAGUACUUCGAGGCGAAACAGGCGGGACGUGAUCCCGAGGGGUUCAAGGGAAAAGUGCUGGAAAUGUGCGAAUCGUUGGCAGCUCAGCACGAUCAAAUCCGAUGUGCGUACUGGCGAUACAUUGCGGAGAACUUUAAAAGGAAGAUAGGCGGCGAGGGGGAAACUAAUCAAAAUGGGAUCUAAAUGGUGAAUGGCACAAAUACGAUAUAACAAAAAAGUGUCAUGAAAAAAGGAGUUUUAUCAAAUAUUAAAUGUUGUCGAUAAUCGACA